GAAUAUCCGACCCGUAAAAAAUGCGGAUAUGCGACGAGGCUCUACGUCUUUAGGUUCUCCAAGUUAUCUUCUUUCCUUCUUCACAAUCUAAAACUCAUCCUAUAAUAACCUUUCUUUCUUCCAUCGCUCUUCCUCCUUUUAAACCUCUUUUAUUAUGCUUCUAAGCAAUCCCCACAUGGUUAUCCCGGGAUACAGAUCGAUCAUAUCACCGGGAAACUUCACGACGAGUCCGAGAAGUCCCUUAGAUAUGAGGCUCCCGUCGCCUGGUACUAGCUCGAAGAGGUACGAUGACGGUGGAGUGGGGUUAGGUAUCGUCGCUGCGCUUGAGAAAUCUGGAGGCGUCGUCAGGAUCAACCGGCAAGAGAUCUCGUCGUCGAGACAAAACCCGGUUUACUACUCUGGUUCCGGUUCGAACAGAUCCAACCCGGUUCAUUGUGCCCGGAGAAACCAGUUUCAUGCGGAGAUUGAACUCUCUGAGGAAUACACUUGCGUCACGAGUCGUCGUGAUGGCGUGAGCAAGGUUUAUUACAGGGACGACAAGUUUGAGUUUCGUGAUAAUAGAUCGGAGAGUGAUCGUAAUGAGCGGAGGUUGGACACAUCAACGGCGAAGAAGAGAGAUGUGUUGAGGGAUUCUCAAGAGUUUCUGAGUUUGUGUUGCUUGUGUAAGAAGAAACUUGGAGGCAAAGACAUUUACAUGUACAAAGGAGAUAGAGGGUUUUGUAGUAAAGAGUGUAGAUCGGUGAGAAUAAUGGAGGAUAAUAUAGACGCGCAACAUAAAUCGACAAGCAUUGAGGUUUUGAGCUCUCGGUUUACCGGAGGAAAAGUUUCUCCAGCUAGAAUAUUCGUAUUAUAAAGGAUUUAAUCAUUUAGAAUUGUGAUCAGCGUUGAUUGGUUAUAUGCCAAAUUGUUUUUUUUUUCUUGUCUGUUUGUUCGUAUGGUUAUUUUUCAUAAAGCCAAAUUAUAUUAGGCUUGUGAGUUU